UCCGCUUAGCUGUCAAUAACUCCCUUCAAAAUUCACCAGAGAAUAGGUGUGCGACUGUGGGGUUACGGUUGUGAAUUUUCUAAACUUCUUACACAUAAAAUAGCGCAAUUUUUUAGAUAAUUAUGGAACCGUACGAUGUAAUAAUUAAUCAACCUGUAGUUAUUGACAACGGCUCUGGUGUAAUCAAAGCAGGAUUUGCUGGCGAUCAGAUACCAAAAUGCAGAUUUCCAAAUUAUAUUGGCAGACCCAAACAUGUACGUGUUAUGGCUGGUGCUUUAGAAGGAGAUCUUUUUGUGGGUCCAAUAGCGGAGGAGCAUCGUGGUCUUUUAUCCCUUCGUUAUCCAAUGGAACAUGGAGUCGUUACAGACUGGAAUGACAUGGAAAGAAUUUGGUCUUAUGUUUAUAGUAAAGAUCAAUUAGCAACAUUUAGUGAAGAACAUCCAGUUUUGUUAACAGAAGCUCCUCUUAAUCCAAGAAAAAAUAGGGAAAAAGCUGCGGAAAUAUUCUUUGAUACAUUCAAUGUUCCAGCUUUGUUUGUUUCAAUGCAAGCUGUUCUUAGUUUAUAUGCAACAGGGCGGACUACAGGAGUAGUUCUAGAUGCUGGAGAUGGUGUUACACACGCGGUACCUAUUUACGAAGGUUUUGCUAUGCCUCAUAGUAUUAUGAGAGUUGAUAUAGCAGGACGUGAUGUCACAAGGCACCUCCGACUCCUUUUACGCAAAGAAGGCAUUAAUUUCAGAACUACAGCAGAAUUUGAAAUUGUUAGAACAAUUAAAGAGAAAGCAUGUUACCUUGCUAGUAAUCCUCAAAAAGAAGAAACUAUUGAAACAGAAAAAUUCCAGUAUACAUUACCUGAUGGAAGUUAUUUGGAGAUUGGACCAGCGCGAUUUAGAGCUCCUGAAGUACUCUUCAGACCAGACCUAAUUGGAGAAGAAUGCGAAGGACUUCAUGAAGUAUUAACAUAUUCCAUUCAAAAAUCUGAUUUAGAUUUAAGAAAGGUAUUAUUCCAAAAUAUUGUAUUAUCGGGAGGAUCAACAUUAUUCCGUGGAUUUGGUGAUAGAUUAUUAUCUGAAAUUCGUAAAAUGGCACCAAAAGAUAUAAAAAUUAGGAUAUCAGCUCCUCAAGAACGAUUGUAUAGUACUUGGAUUGGAGGUUCUAUCUUAGCUUCUUUAGAUACAUUCAAGAAGAUGUGGGUUAGUAAAAGAGAAUAUGAAGAAGAUGGUAUAAGGGCAAUUCAUCGUAAAACGUUUUGAACUUAAUUUAGAAAGGUUUAUGAUGUUAUGUCAAAUAAUUUAAGUACAACACAUAAAUAAUGGCACAGUCGGCACAAAAAUCGACAUGUACCGUGUUUACCAUGCUCUUUGAAUGCUUUUAAUAUUACAGUUUUUUAAAAAUGUUGCUUUAACUGGUUUUUUUAAAAAAUGAAAAUAUACUCCAAGGGAUCACAAUGUUCGUAUUUAAAAAGAAACGUAAUGCAAAGAACACAAUACAAUUUUUUUAUUUUAUACUCCGUAGUUUGUAGAAAACUUUUAAUAUGCAAAUAUUUAUUUAGUCAUAGUUUUAGAAUAAAAGUUUUAUUAUAACUUUUAAAUAAUAUUUAUUUAUUAAGAUUCCUUGGAAAUGUACAUAAAAGUUUCCAAAGCUAGAUAUAUUUUAACUUUCUAAAUUAAAUACUUUGAAACUUUUGAAACUAAAUAUUACGUUUCUUUUUGAAGAUUUUGAACGAAAUCCCUUCUUUUAUAAAAAUACCAUCUGUCUAAGGUAUAAUAUUUGCUUUUAUAUUUAUAAUUUUAUGAUAUGUAAUACAACAAGAGGAUAGACUAUUCUAUUAAAACACAAAUGAAAUGCUUUGUUUAACGAAAUUAUCGUUAUAAAGAAAAUAAUGUAAUUUCUAUCUAUAGUAACAAUUUUGCAAAGUAUUUGUAAAUAUGUAUGCUUUGGUAAAAUAAAUCUAUAAACUCUUUACACGUA